AUGUCUCCCUCGAGCAGUAUAUGUGCCGCGACUGGAGAACAACAGACAUGUGUAUGGGAUGCUGGAGUAGCUCUCAUCACCAGGCAGCCCUGGGGAUAUUGGAAGCUGUUGGGUUUCAGUGUACGAGGACCGGGUUGCAGCGCACCCGCCCGGUUCCUGCCCAUCCAACACUAUCUGUCCUGGCUAGAAGGGAUCAUCAUCAACGUAGACCGGAGAUCAAACAACGAGGACAAAAUCUUGACAUUUAGAAGAGUGUCCCCGAUCGAACUAAUAAUGUAUGAGGGUAAGAUCCUUCAACCUAAAGAGUUCGGUAUAUGUGAACGCAAGAUAAGAGGCAACGUGGUGUACAAAGACAGCACUGAACUGCUGAUCAAUAAGAACUUCGCACAAGGAUUCUUCUUCGUAAGGAUAUAAUGAGCCGUAUAUUGUUUACUCUAUCUGCCUCUGUAGUCUCACCCUCUCCUGGUUUUAUAUUCUGCUAUUAUUGGCAUUU